AUGGACAGACCUGUGCGGCCAAGCUUGGCCUCCCUCAGCGACUUUCAGUUUGGAGCUGUGACCACUGAGACGAUUGAAGACGCUCUGCUCCACUUGGCCCAGCAGAACGAGCAAGCCGUGCGGGACGCUGCUGGCCGGCUGGGCAGCUUCAGGGAGACCCGGAUCGUGGAAUUUGUUUUUCUCCUGUCUGAGCAAUGGUGUCUGGAGAAAUCUGUGAGCUACCAGGCUGUAGAAAUCCUAGAAAGGUUUAUGGUCAAGCAGGCAGAGAAUAUUUGCAGGCAAGCCACAAUCCAGCUGAGAGAUAAGACAGAGCCUCAGAAUUGGAGGGCUCUGAAAGAACAACUUUUCAACAAGUUUAUCCUGCGUCUUGUGUCAUGUGUUCAGCUGGCAAGCAAACUUUCCUUCCAUUACAAAAUAAUCGGCAACGUUACAGUCCUGAAUUUCCUCCAGGCUUUAGGGUAUCUACACACUAAAGAAGAACUGCUGGAGUCAGAACUUGAUGUUUUGAAGUCCCUAAACUUCCAAAUCAAUCUGCCUACUCCCCUGGCAUAUGUAGAGAUGCUCCUGGAGGUUUUAGGAUACAAUGGCUGUUUGGUCCCAGCCACACAGCUGCAUGCAACCUGCCUGACCCUACUUGAUCUAGUCUAUCUUCUACAUGAACCCGUAUAUGAGAACCUGCUGAGAGCUUCAAUUGAGAACUCCACACCCAGUCAGCUGCAAGGGGAAAAGUUUAUUUCAGUGAAGGAAGACUUCAUGCUGUUGGCAGUAGCAAUCAUUGCAGCAAGUGCUUUCAUCCAAAACCAUGAGUGUUGGAGCCAGGUUGUAGGGCAUUUGCACAGCAUCACUGGCAUUGCCUUGGAGAGCAUUGCUGAGUUCUCUUAUGCAAUCCUGACUCACAGCGUGGGAGCCAACACUCCAGGGCAACAGAAGCCUGUUCCUCCCCACCUGGUAGCCAGAACGCUGAGGGCUGCUGCUGCCUCCAACUCAUGA